AUGGGCAACAUGUUACCGCGUGUGCACCUGUGGGAGUGGCACGACUUGAGCUGGUUUCCCAAUCAGGCCCGUGCGCAUGUAAUGGAAGUUCUGGCUAUAGGCUGGAUGACCCCUCCGCUGUAUCUCAUAGAUGUUGCGCUGCAGCAGUUGCGUACCGUUAUGGAGACAACGGGACGGACGCAUGUGGUCGAUUUGUGUUCUGGUGGUGGCGGCCCGAUGAUCCACGCCGCCAAAACCGACAUAAAGGUCACACUCACAGAUCUCUACCCACAGACAGAGCUAUGGGAGAAGCAUGCACUGCGGUCAGAUGGCAACAUCACGUACAAGGCCGAGUCAGUGAGUGCGUUGGCUAUGCCUCAGGGUAUAACGGGUCUACGCACUUUGUGGUGUGCGUUUCAUCACUUCAGGCCUGAGCAAGCCACACAGAUCCUGGCCAGUGCCGUGCAGUGCGGCGAGCCAAUUCUUAUUUAUGAGCUCACGCGCCGGUCGUUGGUGCAGACAUUGUUUAUCGUGCUAGGUACGCUCAAUGUCUCAUUGGUAUUCCCGUUGCUCGGAUGGCUGUCUAUGGACUGGAAGAGUGUCCUGAUCACGUAUGUGCUCCCUCUGUACCCAUUCAUAGUGGUCUUUGAUGGAAUGGUGUCAUGUAUGCGCACGUACACCAAAGCGGAGAUGGUAGCCAUGGUCGAGAAGGCUGAUCCUGAUGGAUCCUUCACUUGGAAGGUGCAGGAGGUGCAGGUGCGGUGGUGGCUGCCUGGAAUGAAUAUGAUCUCCCUGAUCGGACUGCCCAAAUCAACAUCCGGCAUCCAAAGUAAAGCCUGA